GAGUACAGCGUCGCGAACAUGGUGAAUGUGGAAGACCACAAGAGGUAUCUGUCCUUCGAAGAUGACAGCAAGAGUAGUAAACGUCACUGCACGGAGAUAGAAGAUGAAUAUGAUGCUAUUGGUAUCAAUGUAGCAGCAAAACUAAGGAACCUUCCUCCAAAUAUGCGGAUAUUAGCAGAAAAGUUGAUCAACGAUGCGCUUUACCAGGCGCAGAUGAAUGGUCUCAACUCUUCUUCGGUCAUCACCACCACUGAUCCUUUCAAUCAAGUUAUCAUUUAGUUAAAAAGAAAUUCAAGGUGCCGGGAAAAAUACUAGACUGCCAUAGACGAAGAAAAGAAUCAGUGAACUUGCGGUCAGUCGAACGAAUCAGUUGAACUAGAAAAGAAUCAUUGUUCAGCAGUUCUACAGUGAAUGAUGAUGAGCUGUUUGUACUUAAUGCUUAACCUCCGAUAGAUGACAGCACAUGCAUUUGUACUUACAUUUUAUUUAGAAUUAAAAAUGUGCGCAAGACCCACGUGAUUGUAUGAGCCUGCCACUGACCUUUAUACAUGG